GAACUAUUCCGCGAGAGGGAGUGAUAUUUUUGUGGGAAUCCCAACACCUUACAUACUCCGUACAUCCGAUAGAUUUUGGUCAAAUUUGGCACGCCACUUGUAAGUUGUAAUUAAUCAAAGCUUCUGGGAGACGCUUCCCUGCACCAACACAGAACCAAAUUGCUGACCAAAAUAGAAGUGUUGACCUCAUCCUAUCCUAUAAAUUGCCUGCCUGCAUUCUCACUACUAUCUGGAUUCAUCUCAAUUUUCAUUUCUCUCUUCUUCUGAAAACACAGAACACACUCGUAUCACCACCUAUCGCCAAGUUAAGGAUGAAGAAAGUUGUGUUGAAAUUGGAGUUCGCUGAUGAGAAAAUGAAACAAAAAGCCAUGAAAACUGUCUCCGGAAUCUCAGGUAAUCCCAUGUGUUGCAAAAAAAGAUUCCCUCUUUUUAAAUUGUAAGUUUGGGCCAAAAUAGUAAGGGAAAAGUUGAUAUUUUCUUCAAGAAAACCAAAUUUGUGAUCUAAUUUGGAGUUUGCAAUUUUGAAGAGAUUUAAAUGUAAAUUUUAAUUAUUAAAAAUUGAAUUAAUUAUUUAUAGAGAGGAUUGACUUUUAUUAUUGGUUUACUUUCAAAAUAAUUUGGGAAAGAGAAGUACUACGGGUAUAAGUUUUGCCCCCCCAAUAUAUUUUCUUUAGGACAAUCUUCAAAUGCUUUGCAUCUCUAUCUCGGCCGCUGACCCCAAAUGAUGUCUUAAUUAUUGAUAUUGUUGAAUGAAGCUAUUAAACACACCAUUUAAAAAUUGCCAGGCUUGGUUCCUGAGUUUCUAAACUCAUGAUGCUAAAAAAAUAGUUAAUGGAGUGAUCAUGAGCAAAGUGUUAUUCUGCUUUGUUAUAGUGAUUAGAUUAGCUGCAAUUCUAAUUUCUUCUGAUUCGAUCCGCAAUGGAUCACACUCAUAAUGUGAAUUAGUUAUAAACAUACUCCGUUGGAAUCCAGAAUGUUAAGUCAGAUCAUUUUGGUCAGAAAUUCAAAUACUUUCGUUGAAUUUAUGGUACUAGUUUGUUGCAUUCAUAGUUAGGUACCACAAUGCAUAAGCACGUCCAGUUAUGACUCCGCAUAUCAUUCAUGCUACUAGUGUGUUUUAAAAGCUUGUGGGCUGAUAAUAUUUUAUCUGAAAAAUGAAGGGCUUGAAUCUAUAGCAAUGGAUCGACAAGACAAAAAAUUGACAUUAAUUGGGGACAUAGAUCCGGUGAAGGUGGUGGCAAUGUUGAGGAAGUUUUGUCGCACAGAAAUUUUUUCAGUGGGUCCAGCGAAAGAGGAGGAGAAGAAGAAGACAGAAGAGCCAAAAAAGGUAGAGGAGAAGAAGAAAGAAGGGGAUCAGAAGAAGCAAGAUGGUGGUAAACAGCAAGUUGUACAGUUACCACCAAUCAGGGGCGGAUCUGCCAGGGGGGCCAGGGGGGCACUUGCCCCUGCUUCGGCCGUGCGAGUUAGGUAUAGGGUUGGGUCUUGGAGGUCCGCCGGCGGGUGGAUAGUUUCCGGCGUUCAAGGGCUGCAGACUUGCAGACUGGGCAGUCAACAGGAACGAAGGGGAAGGCUGUGUUUUUUACUUAAAAGGAAACGAUGUCGUUUCUUUAAUGGGCAACUAAAAAAAUUACUCCGUACAACUCAUGGCCAGUUGGGCCAAUUGCCAAGGCCGAACAACCGAAAGCCCCAAUUCCCCAAACCGCUAGGACCAGGCUACCAGCAGAAACGGAUCCCAAAUGAAUCAUUGUGUAUUAUUCAAUUAUAUUAUACGAGUAUUAUAUUGAGAUUGUUGUACAUGUAAAUCUGUAGUGAAUCAACUAAUUACGUAUUAUUGAUAUUAAAUUAUGAUUUUAUAAUAGUUUGAACUUUGAUUUAAAUAUUUUAGUUUUUGAUAAUUAUUAUUAGGGAAUGUCAAUUGGGAAUUUAUUUCCCGGACUAAAGCACCGAUAAGUGCGAGUGCUAGUUUUUCAAAUGUUUUUGUUCGAGCUACACCUAUAGAUACGAAUGUGUAGUCUCUUACAUAGAAAAAGAUGUGUUUAGACGCGUCGAUAAUGAGGUUAUUAUCCAACAUACGAGCAUAAUGACGUUUACAUGAAAAAAUUGGAUUUAGCAUCAUUACAUUAGCGCUUUUGAUUAAAUUUCUUAUAUUUG